CAGUAACAGAUAAUAAAAGACGAGUCAUAGUAGAAAUUUCACUUGACACAGAAAAUAAACUUGAGAAUUCAUUUGAUAAUAAUAUAGUAAUUGGAGUUGAUGUUUCAGAUGAUUCUAACAAAAAAACUGUGGAUAAAUUUACAAAAAGUUGUAUACCAAGAUCUUUAUCUUGGUAUUUUUCAAGCAACCAACACUUUGUCAUGAAAUUAAUUAAAAAUUUGGCAGCUAAAGAAUAUACCAUUACUCUAAAAAAAUGUCUACAAGGAUACUUAUAA